GUCCCUGGAGGAGUCCGUGGGGAAGCCCCUUUAUCUCAUAUUCCGGAACCUGUGCCAGAUGCAGGAGGACAACAGCGGUUUCUCUCUGCUGUUGGAUUUGCUGUCGGAGCUGUACCAGAAACAGCCCAAGAUCGGUUACCACCUGCUCUACUACCUGAGGGCCAGCAAGGCGGCGCUGGGCAGGAUGGCGCUGUACGAGUCCUUCGCCCAGGCCACGCAGCUCGGGGAGCUGCACACGUGCCUGAUGAUGGACAUGAAAGCGUGCCAGGAGGAUGAUGUGAGGCUGCUCUGCUUCCUGACACCAUCGAUUUAUAGUGAG